AUGUAUCAGCAGAAGCCUAAAGGGAUCAUCACUGAUGGGGACGCUGCAAUGAUCGCCGCUGUUGGUAAAGUCUUUCCAGGCGUGUGGUACCGUGUUUGUACGUGGCAUAUUGAGAAGAACAUGAAGAAGCACAUUGACUCCCCGGCUCACAAUGAAUUCCGGUCGCUGCUGUACUACACCACUUCGGAACAAGUAUUCGAGGAGAGAUGGAGGGCAUUCGUCGACAAGCACCGGACGGAAUUAACCAAAGAAUGGAUGAAGAGGAUGUAUAGGAGGAAGAAGUUGUGGUCAGCCGCGUAUCUAGCGAAUGGAUAUUUCCUCGGAAUGAAAAGCAACCGGAGGAGCGAGAGUUUGAACUCCACCCUACACACCCACCUUGACUUUGGACUGACAAUGGUGGAUAUGGUUGUGCACUUCGAGAAUAACAAGUAG